AAUCACCGGCUCAACAAAAUCGGAGCCUGGAACCUUCACGCUAUCUGGAUUUGAGUUCAUCGCCGUCGGCAAGCCCUUUUUUCGCACCUGAUUUCUGCUCAAUCGUCUUCACUGAAAGCCAUUUGACCUACAUAUGUAUCGUCUUCCAGAUCAAUUAGUCGUCAUCUUAUCUCAAAUCAGUUAAGUUUUUCUUCACAAAGAUUGAUCACUGGCAGUUGAAAGCUGGCAACAAUAUCCACAGAGGUUCAUUGAGGGCAACAAAGAAAGAAAUUCUGAUGAGACUGAUCCGUAUAGUUUGAGGAUUUGGAAGAUUUAAGUUAUAAUUUGGCGAUGGCUUGGUUUAGUGGGAAGGUCUCGUUGGGGAACUUCCCGGAUUUAGCUGGAGCUGUUAACAAGUUCAGUGAGAGCGUCAAGAACAUUGAGAAGAACUUUGACAGUGCUCUUGGUUUUGAAGACAAGGCUGGUGGUACUACUUCCACCGCUGAAGCUUCAGGGUCAUGGCCUGCCGAUUUGAUGGCCUUUAUGGGACAGAAAGGUGAGGAUGGCACUGUUGAGUCCAUGGAAAAACUUGAAUCUUCAAGUCCUCAACAUACAUCCUUUUCCAAGGAAAAGGAAGGAGAUCAGGCUGAUAAUCCAGCCAACGCUACUGAUGAACAUUACCAGUCUGUUAGAGAAGAAAAGGCAGAAACUUUAAAGCCUGAAGAGCAUAAGGAUCACCCUGCGGAAACAAACAUCGAUGUUUUGGAGGAGGCUAAUAGUGAAAAACCUGCCAAAAAAAAUAUUGAAGUCUUGGAGGAGGCUAAUUGCAAAAAACCUACGGAAUCAAGUAUUGCACUUUCUGAGGAUGCAGAUAUUGCUGACAAACCCCUGGAAAUAAAUGUUGCAAUUUCUGAGUAUGCAGAGAAUGUUGCUGAAAAAUCUGCAGCAACAAAUAUUGCAGUAUCUGAUGAGACAACUACUACUGCUGCUGACCACAGUGAAGCUGAAGUGGAUUCACGAGCAGAAUUAAGUGCAGAUCAUGCUGAACAAUCAGAGUUUGUGGUCCGUGUUCUCAGUAGGGAUAGUUCCGAAGUUGGCUCUUCAAAAAAGUCUGAAUCAAUACAAGAUGAGUCAACAAAUCUCUCAGACCAAGUUGUAGUUACCUCUGAGCUAAAUGAAGUGCACCCUGCUCCUGAUUUACCAAAGGAUGAGGAUGGACUGAAGAUACAGUUAGAAGAGGCUUCACAGGAAGUUUCUGCAGUUGAAGUGGUGAAACCUUCAUAUGAUGGCCAAGAUGGGAUUGUGACUGAGCUAAAUGAAGUUCAAUCUGUCAUCCAUGAGACGACUAAAGUUGCUGAAGAAGGCCAACUGCAUUCAUUACAAAGUUCAGAUGAUGUCUCUUCAGUGGUUCCUGAAGUAGUUCCAAAGGAAAACAAUGCAAAUGAUGAGAUUCAUAUACCAAGCGAGCUAACUAGUGACAAUCAAAGUGACAUAAAGGAAAAACACUUGAGUUCAGAAAGCAAUUCAUCUGACAAUGCAGAUUGUAUGGUUGAACUUGAGAAGGUGAAGAGGGAGAUGAAAAUGAUGGAGACUGCACUUCUAGGGGCUGCUCGACAAUCUCAGGCAAAAGCUGAUGAAAUUGCAAAGCUGAUGACCGAGAAUGAGCAUCUGAAGUCUAUAAUUGAGGAUCAGAGGAGAAAAUCAAAUGAAGCGGAUAUUGAGUCUCUACGAGAAGAGUAUCAUCAAAGGGUCUCAACUCUUGAAAGAAAGGUUUAUGCUCUCACAAAGGAAAGAGAUACACUACGUAGAGAGCAAAAUAAGAAAAGUGAUGCUGCUGCUCUUCUGAAAGAAAAAGAUGAAAUAAUCACUCAAGUUAUGGCAGAAGGUGAAGCGCUUUCAAAGAAACAAGCUGCUCAAGAAUCUCAAAUUAGGAAAUUGCGGGCACAGAUUAGGGAGUUUGAAGAAGAGAAGAAAGGAUUGAUCGCCAAACUGCAGGUUGAAGAGAACAAAGUAGAGAGUAUAAAGAAGGAUAAGGCAGCCACAGAGAAACUUCUGCAAGAAACAAUAGAGAAAAACCAGGCUGAACUUGCUACACAAAAAGAAUAUUAUACAAAUGCAUUGAGUGCAGCCAAGGAAGCUGAAGCAUUAGCAGAGGCGCAAGCUAACAGUGAAGCCAGAACCGAGCUACAGAGUCACCUAAGAGAGGCCGAGGAACGUGAAGUCAUGUUAGUUCAAACUCUAGAAGAGUUGAGACGAACUCUGAGCAGAACGGAGCAGCAGGCAGUUUUUAGAGAAGAGAUGCUUAUGAGAGACGUUGAGGACCUUCAAAAAAGAUACCAAGCAAGUGAGCGUAGAUGCGAAGAGUUGGUCAUGCAAGUUCCUGAUUCUACUAGACCUCUUUUAAGGCAGAUAGAAGCUAUGCAGGAAAAUACAGCUAGAAGAGCAGAAGCUUGGACUGCUGUUGAGAGAUCACUAAACUCGCGGCUUCAGGAAGCGGAGGCCAAAUCUGCAGCUGCAGAGGAAAGAGAGAACUCUGUAAAUGAACGCCUAUCCCAAACAUUAUCUCGGAUAAAUGUUCUUGAAGUUCAGAUAUCAUGUUUAAGAGCUGAGCAAACACAAUUAACUAGGUCACUUGAGAAGGAAAGACAGAAAGCAGCAGAAAAUCGGCAGGAGUACCUAGCAUUAAAAGAGGAGGCUGAUACUCAUGAAGAUCAUGUGAAACGACUUGAAGAAGAGAUGAGGGAACUCAAUAGAAAACACAAGCAAGAGCUACACGAAGCAUUGACCCACCAGGAACUUCUCCAGCAGGAUAUAGAACGCGAGAAGGCCGCACGUUUAGAACUGGAAACCACAACUCGUCUUCAGUCUUCUAUUGUUCCUGAACAAAGUCCCAUAACCAGAACUAAGUCUUCCUAUGAAAAUGGCUUGACUCGCAGAGUUUCAGGUACUAGCAGUUUAGGUAGUAUGGAGGAAAGUUUUUAUCUGCAGGCAUCUUUGGACUCGUCUGAUACUUUCUCUGAAAGGAGAAAUCCUGGAGAACCUACCAUGAACUCAUAUUAUUUAAAGAGUAUGACUCCAAAUGCUUUCGAAGCUGCCCUACGUCAAAAGGAGGGUGAACUUGCAUCUUAUAUGUCUAGAUUGGCAUCCAUGGAAUCCAUUCGCGACUCUCUUGCCGAGGAGUUGGUUAAAAUGACUGAGGAGUGUGAAAAAUUGCGGUCGGAAGUGUCUCUGCUGCCUGGCUUGAAAGCAGACCUAGAAGCACUAAGACGCAGGCACUCUGCGGCACUGGAGUUGAUGGGGGAACGAGAUGAGGAGCUUGAAGAGCUUCGUGCUGAUAUUGUGGACUUAAAGGAGAUGUACAGAGAACAAGUAAACAUGCUUGUAAAUAAGAUCCAGGUGUUAAGUUCAUCAUCGAUUAGUGCUUCUGCUUAAGGAGGUCAUGCUUCGGGGGGUAAAUGUGGAAAUACAUUUUAUGACCUUUUUUUAAUUAUUUAAUUAUUUUUAUUUCCAUCUUGCAUUUCUAUAUUUCAUACUUGUAUAUGUAUAAAAUACUUUAAUGAUUUUGGUUUUCAUUUGUUUUGUAACCUUUCUUUGUAAAAUUGAUAUGAAUCCAAGAACUACGUUUUGUUUUUUGUUUUUUUA